AUGUCCAACCUGUCGUUCGACUAUUCGAAGUGGGAUAAUAUCGACCUCUCUGAUGAUGAGGCUGAUUCCCACCCAAAUCUUGACACUGGUUUGAAUAUUAAAGUCAAGCGCGCCCAGCGAGAGCGCAAAAUGGAAGAAUAUGAGCAACAGAGAAAACAGCUGCUGGAGGAUGGGUCUCCAGAGGCGAUGAAGAAGUUGGAGAAGUUGGAGAGGUCAAAGCCGCUGUACGGAGAGAAUCUUUGUCAUGUCGUCGAUGAGAAGACGAUAAUCUCCGACAAGAAGAUCGAGAAAGCGCCGCCACCGGUGACGAAGGAUGAGGCGGAUUCGAGCGGGGAAGAUACUCUGGACUACAUGGAAAACAAUGAGGAGGUUCUUGGACAAUACGCGGAGAUAACAGAUUUGGAUGAGUUGGAGCAAUUCCUUUACGACCACCCCGUCCUACUGCAUGAGUAUGGCUGCAUGGCUAUUCUCAUCUUUGCCAAGCGUUUGGAGUGUGCUCAUGAGAGGGAGGCAUCGCUUAACUGCUGUCGAAACUACUUGGUCCUACGUAACAUAAUGGACCUUGCUGGGGAAGUGCAUCAACUGAAGGAAAGUCGGCCGAUGGUGCAGAUGUUCUUCAAACAAGUGAAAGAAAAUGCUGAGAGGAAGAAGAAAUUGGAGGAGGAGACGAUGAAUUUCCAUAAGCAAAUCCUCGAUCUGAUCGAGAAGGAUGCGUUCAAUCAACCAGAGGUAGCUGGUGCUGCUGAACCCCCCAAGAAAAACUGA